AUGAACCAAUUGAGUGCAUUGGAUCAACUUCUCGGACAAAUUCCUGUCGAAAAUUUUUUUUCUGCCGAAACAUUCAUAGAUGUCGCUUCAACGAACCGUCGUUUACAGCCAGCUGUUUCUAUUCGAUGUCCUAUUAGGUUUUUUUUUCAUUUUGUUAUCUUUACAAUUAUUACAUGUCUAUUCACCGUCGCCACGAGUGAAGAAGAGGACGAAACGCAAAAUAUAUAUAGUAGAUUUUUUUGUGCUUGUCGAAAGAUUCUUCAUUUACAUAGGAUUGCUGCAAACAGUUGGCGUUGUCUCAUAUUUAUCAUAGAACAAAUGGCAGGCUGGGAUCAGUACGUAACCAAUUUGACGAGUCAAGGUAUUACACACGCCGGAAUAUUUGGCGCUGAUGGAUCACGAUGGGCGGCCUCUCCAAACUUUCCAACAAUCGAUAAUCUGAAAGAUGAGUUGCCCAAAGCGUUCUCCACUCAACCAAAUGGUAUUGUAGUCAACGGCGAGAAAUAUAUCUUCAUUCGUAAUCAAGACAAUUUCGUUAUUUUACGAAAAGGUGCCGAUGGAAUGGUCAUCAUGAAAUUGAAUCAAGCUUACAUCAUCUCAAUCGGUAUCAAUCAAAAGCCUGAAAUGUUAGUGGGCGCAACCAAUAAGAUCGGUGAAUACUUGAAGAAUUGUGGUUAUUAG